GAAGAAAGUCGGGAUCGACAUUCUGAGUGACGAAGUUCCCGCCAUCUUGAACGUGAAAAGUACUGUGUUGAUCAGAUGUAAAAAUACAGGUAACCAUGAGUGACUUUCAAGAAUAUCCAGAUGUUGUCCAGGAGGUCAGAGGAGCAUUGAAUCCUGGCAGAUUAAAAUUACAGAGCAACAGUGUCAUCUUUAAAAACAACAAAACUGGCAAGAUUGACCAGUACCCAGGGACGGAUGUGGACAAGGUUCACUGGUUAAAGCGAGCCCGGGGGAACUGCCUGAAAUUCCUCUUGUCAAGUGGAACCAUUCACAGAUAUGAUGGCUUCAAGGAAGGGGAGUUUGAGAAACUCGCAGCUUUUAUUUCCAAGUAUUACAUGGUGAGCUUAGAGAAGAAAGACAUGUCAGUUAAAGGAUGGAAUUGGGGACUUGCGAACUUCACAGGUAAUGCCCUGGAGUUUGAGGUGGACAACAAGUUGGCCUUCGAGGUCCCCCUCAGUCACGUCUCUCACACCACCACCGCUAAACAGGAAGUGACCCUGGAGUUCCACCCCAAUGAUGACGCGGCGGUCUCCCUGAUGGAAUUAAGGUUCCACAUCCCACCAGAUCCAAAGGACACGGAGAAAGAUCUUGUACAAGAGUUUUACAACAAUGUCUUGGAGAAGGCGGACAUCAUACAGGCCACAGGAGAUGCCCUGGCUGUGUUUACAGAGGUCCAAUGUCUCACUCCCAGAGGUCGAUAUGAUUUCAAAAUGUAUGGCACAUUUCUACAGCUCCACGGUAAAACAUUUGACUACAAGAUUCCCUACACAACAGUUCUACGGUUAUUUUUACUUCCACAUAAAGAUGGCAGACAGAUGUUCUUCGUGAUAAGUCUGGAUCCACCAAUAAAGCAAGGGCAGACAAGAUACCAUUUCUGUAUUCUGCUGUUCAACAUUGAUGAUGAAAUGUCAAUUGAACUAGGAGUAUCUGACGAUGAUCUCAAAGAGAAGUACGAGGGUAAAUUACAGAAGGAGAUGUCUGGUCCCGAGUACGAGGUGAUCAGUCGAGUGUUUAAGGCGGUAACGAAUCGUAAAAUCACAGUGCCAGGAUCAUUCUUAAGUAACACAAAAUCGCACUCCAUCAGCUGUUCUUACAAAGCAGCCACAGGCUUCCUGUAUCCUCUGGAGAGGGGCUUCAUAUUUGUUCACAAACCUCCCAUACACAUCCGCUUUGAUGAGGUGGUAACCGUUAAUUUCGCUCGAAGUGCAGGAACAAACAGAUCAUUUGACUUUGAUGUGGAAACGAAGUCUGGGACCACCUACACAUUUGUUGGAAUAGAGAAAGAUGAGUAUGGAAAGUUAUACGAUUUUGUGACCAGCAAAAAACUUAGAGUGAAGAACAUCAAUGGCAAAGGGGAUAAGGCACCAUACCGGGAUGACAUGUCUGGAUCAGAUGAUGAAGACGACCAUGAUGCUUAUCUGGAGAGAAUGAAAGCCGAGGGCAAGGACCGACAAAGUGGAGAUGAGGACGACGACAGUGAUAGCUCGGAUGAGUCCUACAAUCCCAAUGAGAGUGCCAGUGAUGUGGCUGAAGAGUAUGACAGUAAUCCUCCCACGUCGUCCGACGAUUCUGAGGAUUCUGAGGACCAGAGCAGUAGUGAGGAGGGAGGAGCUGAUGAGGAGGCCAAGCAACAGAGACGUAAAGAAAAGGAGGAAAAGAAGGCCAAAGCCAAGGAAAAGAAGAAGUCACGCACAGCUAAAACUGUGAGAGAAAAACUGCCUGGAUCAGAGAAGAAGAAAAAGAAAUCGAAAUCAAAGAAGGAUCCUAAUGCUCCUAAGAGGCCCAUGUCUGCCUACCUACUGUGGUUCAAUGCCAGUCGGGAGGAAAUGAAGAGAGAUAACCCCGAACUCAGCAUCACAGAUCUCAGUAAAAAGGCUGGGGAACUGUGGAAAGAACUGGAGGAUAAAACUGAAUGGAAUGAGAAGGCUGCAGUAGCAAAGAAACAAUAUGAGAAGGCCAUGGAGGAGUACAGAGCAGAGAAGGCUCAGGCCUCAGAAGAGGAGGAUGAGGAAUCCUCAAAGGACGGGAAAUCUUCAAAAAAGAGAAAGAGUCCCAAGAAGAGCCCAAGUAAAUCAGCUUCGGAGAGCCGAGCGGGGGCUGGGGCUAAUUAUAAGAGUAAGGAGUACAUUUCCAGCUCAGGCGAGUCAUCAGGAUCUGAUAGCGAUGACAAACCUCUCAAAAAGAAAACAAAGAAGGAUGAAGGCACAAAAGAAAAGAAAAAGAAAAAGAAAGAGAAGGAGGAGCCCAAAACAAGGAAGUCCAGGCGACAGAACAAAGGAGGAAGUGAGAGUGAGAGCAGUGUGGGGGAGCUUCCAGAGGAUGAAGAGAUCUUGGAUUCACCAUCUGUAUCAGAAAAAUCUGAAUCAGAGUCGGACUGAAUAACAGAGCUGAAGACUUGAAGUUUGUGAUGAGAACAGUGAAUUUGAUGUUACAUUGUACAUUCUCAUGGUAUGGGCCCAAAGCUCAUAUUAGGGGUAUAAAAACACAAUUUGAUAUGUAAAACUAUUGCAGCAUACAAGUAGUCAAGUGCUGCUGUAUUUGCUGUUGUAGAUGACAUCAAUGUGACAGGAUGUAAAAUGGAGAGGUUUUUAUGAAAAAAAAAAGGUUUAUUAUGAUUCAAAAUAUACGUAAAGGAGUAAAUGGAUCUGGUAAAAUAUUAAUAUGCUUGUUCAUAAAACUUUCAAUGUUUAAGUGCUAUUUGUGGACAAAUUGUUCAGAAACACUUAAGGUGUCAAAAUAUAAAAUAUUUAAUGUCAUAGUGCACAGAUCACAUGAGAUCUUCUGAGGAAAGUACUGUGUCUGAGUUUUGUGACGUUCAUGUAUGGUUUAAAAUAAAUACAUGUUUAAUGUA